CCCAUGGUAACGGCGGCGGCGGCGGCUCCGGCGGGCCCCGGCGGGCGGCCAGCAAAGAUGCUGCAGUAGAUGACUGACUGUGCCUCAAGUGCUAUGGCUCUACAUGGCGUCGGCAGGAGCAGACCAUGCUAAUGGGGGCCCCAAACAGCAGAAGCGCAUCGGGCUGCAGUCAGGCAGCCUCCCGGCAGAACGACCUCAGCCGUGCUGGCCCUGGCGCCUCGCUCAGCAGCAGGCCAAACCCGUCUGGAAUUUAGAGAAGAGAUAUGCGAGUGCUUUCCAGGAUCGCAUCCUGCUGCCCUCAGGGAUCCCUCUGCAGCAAUCCUGCUUCUUGUGCUCACCAUCACUCUGCCACGCACAGCCCACUGAAGACAGCCUCCAAAGCCCUCGACACACUGGCACUGCCACGGGAAGGGUGAUGCCUUCCCUGCUGAUGGACCCCUGCCUGCUGGCAGAGGAGCACUCUGGAACUGGGGUCAAAGGCUCUCCCCUCAGCUCAGGUCAGCAGGCUGCCAGCUCCUGUAGACCCGUGCUCAAUAACAACUCCUUCCUACGGCCAAGCAGUGCUCAAGUGCCUUUUCUGCAGUCACUGAAGAUGAAAAAGGUGGAAAACACCCGGAGUUUUCCUGCUACUUCAUGGUCCCUCUUCGGGGACAAUAGAGACAGCUUUGGUAGCAGCCUGAUUAACAGGACAGUGACGAACAGCAACGCUGUGUCAGAGCAAAACAAAAUCCCCUCCCAUGCCCCUGUGCCAAGCUGUGCGGUCCUCAGGAAGGAUCAGUGCUUAUUGGAGGAUGCUAAGGGGAGACCUCACAGCUCAAAAGAGAAGGAACCGGAGAAGAGCCUCUUGAAGGCUGUGCAGCAGCUACCUAGUCAGGCUGCCACACACAGAGGCUUUGGGUGCCAAGCUGAAAGUUCCGGCCUUAUGAGUGUGGGCAGCCUGUCCAACCAGAGCAGCAGAUGGAGGCAGCAUGCCGGAGUGCAGAUCACCCAGAAAGAACCCACUGCUCCCCUGAACUCGGAGCUGGAGAGCCACUGCCUUAACAGUAACUCGAGCCUUAGGGGCACCUGUGACACCAUUGCCCGCCCUGAGCGGAUCAGUGUCCGUCCCCUGGCCUCGUGUGCCAGCGCUCCUGUCUGCAGGACUGGCUGCCGUCCCGUGGGUGUGCUCAGCACUCUGUGUGCCGGGGACCACCUGGCAAGAGCAGAUCCUCUGCACUUUGCUGCUGUCUCUGAAGUGGCAGCACAGGUGUCCACCAUCCAGCUGGAGGAAGAAGAGAAGCAGGCCCAGGCUGUGGUCUCAGGAAAGCUUAAUGCUACUGCUGAGAAGUCACUGCUGCAGCCAAGCCAUCCCCAGGACGAAGCAGAGGAAGAACUUCCUGAUGGUCUGGAUGAGAACUACAGUCAAGAAGAGUAUGAGGACAGUGACUCGGAUUCUUCCUCCGAUGCCGAUGUGUUGUCCAGCUUCUCCACCACUCCUGCAUCCAGGAAACGCAUUGACUGCCUGGCCCAGCCUUCUGGGGCUCAAGACAAAGUGCUCAAACCAGCUCUUGUCUGCAGUUUAUUCCCUAAUGUGCCUCCAACUAUCUACUUCAGUACUCGGGAUGAGGCAGUGGAAAAGCUGCCUUGGGAGCAGAGGAAGCUGCUGCGAUGGAAACUGUGCAGUGUCACACCUAACAUAGUGAAGCAAACCAUUGGCAGGUCCCACUUCAGAGUUAGCAAAACAAGCACUGACUGGCUGGGUUGCUGGGGCAACCACAUGAAAUCCCCUGGUUUCAAAGCCAUCAGGGAGCACCAAAAGCUAAACCACUUCCCCGGUUCAUUUCAAAUUGGAAGGAAGGACCGUCUGUGGCGCAACCUGUUAAAGAUGCAGGCUCGCUGUGGGAAAAAGGAGUUUAAUUUCUUCCCUCAAUCCUUCAUCCUGCCCCAGGACAUCAAAUCACUCAGGAAAGCAUGGGAGGAAGGAGGUAGCCGACAGAAAUGGAUUGUGAAGCCACCAGCAUCAGCAAGAGGCAAUGGUAUCCAGGUCAUCCACAAAUGGAGCCAGCUCCCCAAAAGGAGACCACUGCUAGUACAGAGAUACCUGCAAAAGCCCUACCUCAUUGGCGGGAAGAAGUUUGACCUGAGGCUCUAUGUUUACGUCACUUGCUAUGAUCCCCUCAGGGUCUACCUGUUCAAGGAGGGAUUGGUUCGCUUUGCCAGCUGCAGGUACUCCUCCUCAGUCGAGAGCCUUGGCAACAAGUUCAUUCACUUGACCAACUACAGCGUGAACAAGAAGAACGCAGCGUACAAACCCAACUCGGAUGAGACUGCUUGUCAGGGACACAAAUGGGCACUCAAAGCUCUCUGGGGUUACCUGACCCAGAAAGGAGUUAAUUGUGAGGCCAUCUGGGAGAAGAUUAAGGACAUCGUUAUCAAAACCAUCAUUGCUUCUGAGCCCUACGUGAACAGCCUGGUGAAGAUGUAUGUGCGCCGGCCGUAUUGUUGCCAUGAGCUGUUUGGGUUUGAUAUCAUGCUGGAUGAAAACCUCAAGCCCUGGAUCUUAGAAGUCAACAUUUCCCCAAGCCUCCACUCCAACUCCCCACUGGAUGUGACCAUAAAGGGCCAGAUGAUUCGGGACCUCCUCAACCUCGCUGGUUUUGUUCUGCCCAGCGUGGACAGUGUGGCUUCAGAGACACAGACAAGAAGUUGCUCUACCUACAGUAUGGGCAGUGCUUCGAAGAAGUCCAAGCCAAUAUCUGAGCAUUUGAGAGCAGAGAAGAUGAAGAAGGUCUAUUACUUGAUGCAGAAGAUACCUGACCAGGAUUUUUAUUCUUCUGUCUUGGACAUCCUGACUCCAGAUGACGUUCGUGUCCUGGUGGAGACAGAGGAUGAGUACUCGCGGCGCGGGCAGUUCGAGCGGGUGUUCCCCAGCCACAUCUCCAUGCGCUACCUGCGCUUCUUCGAGCAGCCCCGUUACUUUAACAUCCUGGUCACCCAGUGGGAGCUCAAGUACUACUCGAAUAGACACAAAGGUCUGGAGCUACUGAAGAACUGGUGUGUCAAAGGGUACCACACUGGGGCAAGGACGGAUUUGGCCCAAAUGUGGUCAUUGCCAAAGUCGUUGUUCCUCCAGAAGAGUGGCAUUCCAUCAAAUGGCUUCAGCAAACUGGAACUGGGCAAACUGGGCUCAUGCCUCCCUUCAGCUGGUGAGGAUCUCACAAGAUGCCUGGAGCCCAGCCCUGCUCAGAGCUUACCUCUCAACAAGUGCACUGAUGGAGCCAACCAGAGACCUGCUGGCUGCCUCAAGGACACUGCCCUGGUGAUGUGACCAAGCAGCCACCGUCCUCCCUGGGGACACAUCAAUCUACCUCAAAGGAAGACAUAGGAGCUGCCUCUGUAGAGCAAGGACUGUGAGAGCCCUUUGCACUGCACACUUGUUUUGGGGCUGGUUGUAGAGAGAGAUGUUUUCCUAGGCAAAGAGGAGGCCUGUGUGACUUCAUUUUCUAAAGCAAGUGGCAAAGCUGGAGGAAGUGGGGGUUAUCUGGCUUUUGUCCUAGACUGAGAAAGCCUGACAUUGUGGUUUCUUUGCUGUGUGAGAGCUGGCUGAGCCUGCCCUUCUAUCCCCAGUCAGCACAGGCUGAGCUCGCCUGUGUCUGUGUCCUGAGUUGCUGGCAGCUGAGCCUGCUCUUGCCCUGCUGCAGCCUGGCCCCUGGAGAUAAGUCCCGAGUCCUCAUGCCUGGGAGGGAGUAAAACUGCCCAGUUUUAUCCUUUCUGAAUGUCUGUGCCAACAUCCUGCCCUCCCCCAGCAACAGGCCCCAUGGGAGACCUCAGGCUUGCACAUUGCAGCUCCAGAGAGACCGUGGGUACCCGUGUGGCUCCAGUUGGUUGUGGGGGCAGUGGGGCUGCUGGGGAGGGAGCAGCCUUCUCAGGGCCAUUGGCUCUCUGGUGUGCCCUGCAGCAUGUGUGCAUGGACUGCAGGCUAGUGCUCUUCUCUUGGGUCUGCUCUCUAUUUUCCCCUUGUUUCUCAAGGAUUUCUAUUAAAUUUUAACACUCAA